CUUUUAGUGCAUUUUAGGUAAAGUAGAUUACAGUCUAUCGAAUGUGUCUUUUUGCUGAGUCAGUGUUGACGCUUACGUCAGUAACCGAGGUGACGGCGACCACGGAUAAGGAAGUGUGGACAAAGUUGAAUAAGGAAGAAGAGAAAGUUGUAGGAUAAAGGUAUUCUUACAAAGGAGGCCUUGCCGUAUCGCCCAAGCAUUGUUGUCUUGCCUUGUAACUGUUAAAUUGUCAGUUGUCAUAGCUUUCUCAUAUCAUACCGAGAUUAUUAUGGCUUUACUCAAUAGAUUCGUCCUUAAACCAAGCAACAUUUCCAGGUGUCUGGCCGGAGUAAGACCCGAGCUUGGCCAGGCUUAUUGUGCUAUUGCUGCUGUUCCAGCGCGGACUGAGACUAGGGAAAACCGGCCUUCUUUUCGGUUUAGGCAUGUCCGCAGUCUGCAUUCUGAAGCGUCGCAUGGCAAAACGGUUGAAGUGGACUUAAAACGCCUGGAUGGAGAAGAUACAGGCUUAGUGGAAGUGCAGAUGUGUCGUGAGAGGGCACGGAACUCUCUUGGCCGCGUGUUUGUGGCUCAGAUGCGGGAGCUGGUUGCCACUCUACACCGUGACGCUGCAGUAAGGGUGGUGGUCUUCAGGAGUAUGGUGCCGGGGGUCUUCUGUGCAGGCGCAGACCUGAAGGAACGAGCCCAGAUGGCGAACACUGAGGCUGAGCACUUUGUCCAUGGCCUGCGAUCCCUAAUGAACGAGAUUGCCGCCUUGCCCAUGCCAACUAUCGCUGCGGUGGAUGGCUUUGCCCUGGGAGGCGGGCUGGAGCUGGCGCUGGCCUGUGACCUUCGCACAGCGGCUCACUCUGCGCAGAUGGGCCUGAUUGAGACCACACGAGGACUUCUCCCAGGGGCUGGGGGCAGCCAGCGUCUGCCGCGGGCCGUUGGCUUCUCCGUGGCCAAGGAGCUGAUCUUCACCGGGCGGCGCCUGGGGGGUGAUCAGGCCCACCAGCUGGGCCUGGUGAACCACGCCGUGCAGCAGAACCAGGCGGGAGACGCGGCCUAUAGAGAGGCCCUGAGCCUGGCCAGGGAGAUCCUGCCGCAGGGUCCAAUCGCCGUGAGGAUGGCAAAGGAAGCCAUGACCAGAGGCAUUGAGGUGGACAUUGCCACAGGAAUGGCCAUCGAGGGCAUGUGUUAUGCCAGGGUCAUCCCCACACGAGACAGACAGGAGGGGAUGAAGGCUUUCAUAGAGAAGAGAAAACCAAAUUACAUCGGAGAAUAAAGACUUCCACACUAGAGUGGAAAUCUACACUGCCAAAAUCACACUCCACUCCGGCACCUGUUACCUGGAGGGUCCUGUGUCCUAAUGGUUUACUGGCUGCCACUAAGGAGCAUUGUGGUCCAAGGCUGCCUUUGCAGGAAAGCUCCUUGUGAAUCGUUUUAAUUGCUGCUUAUCGAGAGUCUGAAUGAAAGUGGAGGAACCUCUUGGCUACUGUGGACAAGGGUUCUUCAGCAAAGGUUUGAAAAACCUCUCUUUAGCGUCUCAUUUUAGAGGCUAUUCUUUUGUCUGGUGUGCUCACAGACUUUUAAUUACAGCGUUUCAAAUUGGUCAGUGUUGUGUUUGUCAUUGCAUUGUAUCGUGCAUACAGAUUUAUUUGUGAUGUUUGUUUAUUAAAGGCCUUUCUAAAGCUCUUCUGAA